AUGUCAAGCCGGAGCUUCGUCGCCAUUGCAGGCGCAACAGGCAAUCUAGGCUCUCAGAUUGCCCUUGAUCUACGCAAGAGAAAUGUAGCAGUCAAAGCCCUUGUGCGUCCCGGUACGGCAGCAUCCCGUACCCAAAAUUUACAAGAUGCCGGUGUCGUAAUAGCAGAAGUCAACAUGAAUGAUGUUCCAGCCAUCACAGAAGCUAUCACAGGUGCUACGACAGUCGUUUCGUCACUUCAGGGUCUUCGGGACGUUAUACUGAAUGUUCAACGAAGACUUCUCGAAGCUUCUGUCGCUGCGAAAGUACAGCGAUUCAUCCCAUCCGAUUACGCAUUGGAUUUUACGAAGUGCGAGCCAGGCACCAACCGAAAUUUAGAUUUGCGUCGCGAAUUUCAUGCUAAACUUGAUGCGUCCGGUAUUCAAUGGACGACCAUACUGAAUGGUGCUUUCAUGGAACUUCUGACGACCGGUCAACUGCCGGUUAUCAACGAUAGAUGGCACCGUAUUAUGUAUUUCGGUAGUGCAGAUCAGAAGCUCGAUUACACACUUAUUCCAGAUGUAGCUGCUUACACGGCUGCUGUGGCUGCGGAUCCAAACCCAACACCCAAGUUCCUACGUAUCGCAGGAAGCUCCGUCAGUGCGAAGGAUUUGGCCGAAAUUGUAACGAAAGUACGUGGUGAGCAGUAUACACCGAUGUGGAUAGGCAGCGUUGGAUUCCUUCGGACGUUUAUCUGGAUCCUGAAAUUUGUGAUCGGAGGCGUGGAGGAUAAGUUAUUUCCUCCUUGGCAGGGAAUGCAAUAUUUGGAAAAUAUGGUCUCUGGAAAAGGCAAGCUGUAUCCUCUUGAUAAUGAUAGGUAUCCUGAUGUGGAGUUUAUGACGAUGGAGAAAGCUCUCGCAGAAGCAGAUGCUGAAAAGAAGCAGAAGAAGUCCGUUUGA